AUGGCAGGCACGGUAAACGAGGUCGACGAAGUCAUUCGAAACUGGAUUACUGACAAUCCGAAAGUAGUUGGCUAUGUGGUGAUCACUGCUGACGGGAUCCCGAUCAAGUACCACGAGAAGAUGCCUCAUGAAAAAGCCGUUCAGUACGCUGCAUUAUUGUCGUCCUUUUGCAUGCGGUCCCGCCAAUGCAUCCGAGAACUGCUACCCAGUGACAACGAGCUGACCUCUGUUAGGCUCAGGACCAAGGAAGGUACCGAGAUUAUCGCCGUCCAGUUUGCUGGGUACACACUCAUUGCCAUUCAGAAUUGUACCGGACAACCUUACGACUACGGUGAAGAGAGUGUUGAACAGAAGGAGCAAGAGUGGGAAGAACUGUGA